AUGCGUCCCCUUAUAUCAAUUCCGUCAGUCGCAACGACUUUAAAUACACGACGAUUUUUAAUCCCUAUCGCUCGCAAGGAUCGGGCUUCCCUCACAAUCGCACGACAAUUUACCAUGAAUCGAAGCGCGACUUCGGCCCGCUUGAGCGAAUCAAGUCCCAAGAAGUAUCGCGCUGGGAAGCCCAUAUCUCCUGAAACUGAUUAUCACUUAGCUCGACCACGGAGGGAUCGAUGUGGAAAGAUCAUAUGGCCUGCCCCCAAGGAUCAGAUUCAGGAAGCAAAGGAUUUCAUUCGCGAAUGUGUCGCCGCUGGUAAACGGACUCUCAUCGUCCCUGAUAAAGACGCCGAUGGCCUUGCUGCUGGAGCCAUUAUGAGAAAAACUCUCAUCUUACUCGGCCUUAAUCCCAAAUUGAUAUUUGCCUACACGAUGAAAAAAAACCGCAAUGUCCACGAUGAGGAUUCUCGUAAAGACAUGGCAUCUUACAAGCCAUCUUUCAUCAUUAUCCUCGACCAAGGCUCAGGGAGAUCACCGCCUGUAAUCGACGGGCCCCAUCGCGCGUUAGUAAUUGACCACCAUCUUGCAGAUGACGAUGAUCACCCCGAGAGUGCGAUAUUAGUGACAGCGAAUAAGUGUCCACCGAUAGCUACAAGCUCGCUGCUGACUUAUCUCAUCUGUCGCGACUUACACGAAGGGGUCGAGGAAGCAUGCGGCUGGUUAUGCGUCUUGGGAACGCAUGGCGAUCUGGGCAAUUCAAUCACAUGGAGCCGGCCAUUUCCGGACAUGAGAGCGACGUUCAGGACGCAUACCAAGAGGUCGAUAAAUCUUAGUGCAUCGUUUAUCAAUGCUCCUCGCCGAACCGAAGCCUACGACGUCCCCAGAGCUUGGAAAACAUUGAUCGAGGCCUCAUCAACCAGAGACCUUGUCAAGAAUAAGUUUUUACAGGCAGCAAGGGUUGAAGUGAUGCGUGAAGUCAAGAGGGCCGGUCGCGUGGAGCCCAAGUUUUCUGCUGAUAAAAGAAUCGCAGUAUUCCGCAUCAAGUCGAAAGCGCAGAUUCAUGCUGUCAUUGCGACACGCCAGGCUCGUCAUUUGAGUAGGAAAAACCUUGAAGUUGUGAUGGUAGCGAAUGAAGGUUACGCGCCAGGCAUUGUCAAUUAUUCGUGUCGCGUUCCAUUGUGCGCCAGGGGCAGAGAUCCGCCCGUCAACAUCCCAGACAUUCUUGGUAAAGCAGCAGAUCGAGCAGAAGACAAAACGCUGAGAACACGAAUGGGACCUAACUUUGCUCGUGGUCACACGAACGCAAGCGGCGGAAAGAUUCCCGAAGCUGAAUUCAAGGAAUUCAUGGAGCUGAUCGGAGUCGGUAAAAAGCCAUCGCGUUCGCCGAAGAAACCACCAAAGGGUCCUGAAAAUCAGGAUAAAUUUUGCACACUGCAGAAUUACUUCGACAAACAGAGCUAG